GCAUCAUUUUAUCAAUUUAAGCCCGCAAAUGUAACAAUGAAAGAGCAGGGCUCAUGAAUUUCACUUUAUUUUUAUUGCUAGUGGUUGAUGUGACACAACGCAUUCAGUGAGACGGGGGCGUACGAGCCACAUCUGCCUUUAACCAUCAUUCUUUUGUUUACGUUUCAAGUGGUGGCAUCAUUCUGAUAACCACAAAAUCGGCUUAUCUGCGCUCAUUUCUACAAGCGAUAAGUAUACCGCACUAUAAGAAUUACAAUUCAGGCGCACAAACGGUAUCGGUGUUCACAGAGUUGAUUUGUCUGUUUAUGUGAAAGGUUUCGGAAAGUGGCCCUAACACGAAAAUAAAGGAGUCUUUAAAGGAAAAUCCGUUAUAAUUCGAUAACGUGAGGAUGGCUGUCUUUCAAAUGGGUUCGCAUACGCACGCCAUAUCCAUGGCAAUGUUUCGGGAUAAUCGCAACAAGGUGGUCAAUGAACUACAACGAACCCGCAACUUUGGGAAGGAUUCUAUUCCUAUAGUUGUACUUCAAGGAGGCGAUAACAUAAGCCAUUACGAUACGGACGUCGACUAUAUUUUCCGCCAGGAAUCGUAUUUUACUUACAUGUUCGGCGUCACUGAGCCUGGAUGCUAUGGAACGGUUGAGGUAAAAACAGGACGUGCUGUGCUGUUUGUACCACGGUUACCAGAAGAGUACUCAGUGUGGAUGGGUCCGCUACUUGGAAUCGAUGACUUCAAGCGCAAGUAUGAAGUGGACGCUGUGUACUACGUGGAUGAAAUCGUGGAUAAACUUACUGGUAACAACCCAUCAGUACUUUUAGUUUUGAGUGGCCCGAAUACUGAUAGCGGUUCAGUAGCAAAACCAGCUUCUUUCAAAGGCAUUGAAAGAUUCACUAUUGACACUGAUAUUCUUUUUCCUGUUAUUGCUGAAUGCCGAGUCAUCAAGUCUCAGGCAGAGAUCGAGGUGCUGCGCUAUGUUGCUCGCGUAUCUUCUGAUGCCCACAAGGCUGUUAUGAAGAUGAUCAAGCCGGGAAUGUACGAGUAUCAAGCGGAGGCAGAAUUUCUUCGCCAUUCGUACGCCGUUGGCGGCUGCCGCCAUGCUUCUUAUACCUGCAUCUGUGGUGCCGGUUCUAAUUCGGCCAUCCUGCAUUACGGGCAUGCCGGGUCGCCAAACGAUUACGAGAUCCUGGACGGUGCUAUGUGUCUGUUUGAUAUGGGUGCCAACUAUGGUGGAUACGCUGCUGACAUCACCUGCAGCUUCCCAGCCAACGGUAAGUUUACCGAAGAUCAAAAGCUCAUCUACAAUGCUGUCCUGGCUGCACGUGAUGCAGUCUGUGGGGCUGCCCGGGAAGGUGUCUCUUGGGUCGAUAUGCAUCUGCUGGCCAAUCGCGUCAUGUUAGAGGAGCUACGCAACGGUCAGCUGCUGCAGGGUGACGUGGAGGAGAUGAUAGAAGCAGGGUUAAAUGCCAUCUUCCAACCUCACGGCCUCGGUCAUUUCCUCGGUCUGGACGUGCACGACGUUGGCGGGUAUUUGCCGGGCUGUCCGGAACGCGCCACACGCGCUGGAGUCAAUCGGCUCCGCACAGCCAGAACGCUCAAAGCAGGCAUGUACCUCACCAUUGAGCCGGGCUGUUACUUUAUUGAACCACUUCUAAACAAGGCGCUCGCUGAUCCAAAAUUGAGCAAGUUCUUAGUGAAGCAAAACCUGAUGCGUUUUCGCAACUUCGGUGGGGUACGCAUCGAGGACGACGUUCUUAUUACGAAGACCGGUAUCGAGAACUUCACCCUUGUACCGAGAACUGUAGAGGAAAUCGAAGCCUGGAUGGCCAACUGAAACGAUCAUUCGUGAUUAGCAUGUCCACGGAAGCAACCCGUAAGGAAUGGUUUGGGUGUUGGGAAUGGUAGUUUAAAACUUGGGUUUCUGUAAUAUCUAACGUUUUAUAAAUAUACUACUACUAAAUCGGCAAAUAAACGAUGGAACAUACAAUUACUCCGUA